AUGUUGACAGCAGUGACCAAGCAGAACCGCCUAAAUGUGCUGCCUGCAGACUCUGCAUUGAUACGACCUGGUUGCCAGGACCUGGACAGAGUACAGCAGACGCCCUAUUGCUGCGCUGUUCUUCGGGCCUUCCAAGAAGAUCUGGCAAUGCGUCUGAACCUGGUCGUUCAGUCCGUUGAGCCCAUCUACUCGAAUCGUGCUGGCACGUGUCCUCUUCUGCGGUUGAGCUUGGCUUUGAUCUGUAACAUGAAGUCUUUUGAUCGGACUCAUGUUAUCAAUGCUUUCUCGUCCACUCUUGUUCACUAUCGGCACAAGUGA